AUGUCAAGUCGACCAUCCAAGACACACUACGCUAGUUCCUCAUCAACAGACAGCAGUUCACCUUCAUCCUCCGAGACCGAUCUCCCCAUUCGAAACAGUAUGGACGUCCAACCCGUUGCUUCGGUUGAGGUCAUGCGCUGCCUGCGCUGUCAUCGCCAUGUCGAGGCCACCUCCACCGAUGACCCAGCGUCGACGGGCAUGAUCCGAGUAGGAUUUAAUCUUUACUACUGCCAGAAGUGCAAGGGUCGAACACAAAAUAUCGACAAUCGACAGCCGACAGUCAACAACCGACAGCUACUCGAUAUCUGGGCUAUAUCUUUUUACAAAAGAAACAUGGAUCCGAACCCAUACAUCCUCAGACUUUGGCGACACGGAAGUCAACAACCACAGCUGGCAACUUCGGGAAACCCUAUCUGCGCGACCUUUCCUUGUGCGCGCGCGCGCGCUAUAGAACGAACAGCUCAAACCCAAAUACCAUUACUAUAUGGAAGGUCUCAGUUCUAA